AUGCGGAACAUCUGCAGUUCUCUCCUACUGCCAUCGCUCCUGAUCGGAGUGAGAGCUGCAGCACUUCAAGCGCCUGUACCUGGGUUCUCGCCGAACAUAGAGAUUGUGCGGAACCCUGUCUAUCCACUCGAUGACGUUGAUAAGCUAGAAGAGGCCACGAUGCCCAAGGUCGAAGAAUGGCUGGACAAGAAGAUUGAGGAUGGAAGUAAUAAUGGCUGUACCAUGGACAACGCUGUGGUACGAAGAGAGUGGAGCGAUAUGUCUGAGACGCAGAGACAAGACUACGUCGCUGCUGUGACGUGCUUGAUGAAGCUACCUCCCACUUCAAACCUUACCAGGUUUCCGGGAGCUCUCAGCCGAUAUGAUGACUUUGUCGCAUAUCACAUGACACACGCUAUGCAACUUCAUGACAACCUCCACCUCUUCGGCGCUCACAAGUAUUUUGUCUGGCUGUUUGAGAAAGCUCUUCGUGACGAGUGUGGUUACACUGGUUACCAGCCGUACAUGAAUUACGACCGUUAUGCGAUUGACCCGUUCAAUUCUCCUUUGCUCAAUGGCAACGCAUCUAGCUUGGGAGGGAACGGUGUCUUUGAACCCACGUACAAGGGUAUUCCGCAGCCUGGACGAACUCCCAACAUAAUCAAGUCGGGAGGUGGUGGAGGCUGCGCCAAGGAGGGACCGUUCUCAGACAUGAUCGUCAGCUUGGGACCAACCUCGACGUCGACGGGAACUAACCUCCCCAAGAACCCGAGAGCCGAUGGCACAGGGCCGAAUCCGCGAUGCCUUCGUCGCGACAUAAAUAAGGAUGCUUUCAUGGGGGCUACGGCAGACCGCGUCUUCAAUCUGCUCACCAAGAGCAAGGAUAUGAACAGUUUUUACAACACGUUGCUCGGCAUGCCGCCACCAAAGAAUGACUCGUAUCCCUGGGGUGUUCACACAGCAGGUCACUAUGUCGCGGCAGUCGACCCAGGUGGUGAUCCCAUGACUUCACCCGGCGACCCCCUUUUCUACUUCCAUCACACCUCCCUCGACCGCAUCUGGUGGAUCUGGCAGAUGCAGGACGUGGACAACCGUUUGUACUCCUUGCCCAACGGAACUAUGCCAAUGAGGCGUCGACGGGCGCCGGACCCUCAGGACGUUAUUGUGGACAUGGAAUGGCUUGGCCCACCGAUCAACCUCUUCGAGACGCAUGACCAGCUAGGUGGGAAUGAUGGAGCUUUCUGCUAUAUCUAUGUUUGA